CUCUCCAUGAAUUCCCCAAUGACAUCUUCACGAACGAGGACAGGAGACAUGGAGCUGUGGUCCUGCACGUCCUUUGUGCUGUGUAUAUGUUUUAUGCUUUGGCAAUUGUCUGCGAUGAUUUCUUUGUCCCUUCGUUGGAAAAGAUUUGCGAACGCUUGCAUCUUAGCGAAGAUGUGGCCGGGGCAACUUUCAUGGCGGCGGGAAGCUCUGCUCCUGAGUUGUUUACAUCUGUCAUAGGUGUUUUUAUCACAAAAGGAGAUGUAGGCGUUGGAACCAUCGUAGGCUCGGCUGUAUUUAACAUUCUCUGUAUUAUUGGCGUGUGUGGGCUUUUUGCAGGACAGGUCGUUGCACUGUCGUCGUGGAGUCUCUUGAGAGAUUCGAUCUACUAUACACUGUCUGUUGUUGCACUCAUUGUG